CCGGUAAACGACAUCCGGUCGUAUCUUACGUAUAUCCGCUUUCAAGAGCAGAUUUCCUGCUCGUUUCUCAUUUUGCUUCCCCCCCAUUUUUUGCUCGCUGGUCUUUUAGCUUCACUCUCGUCAGAGUCGGUACUGCAGCCAUGCGGGUGUACGUGCUGUUCGCGGUGGCGGUGCUCUCCCUGAGCCCGGCGGCGGUGAGUGGAGCCGAGAAGAAGAAGCUGCAGAUCGGCAUCAAGAAGCGAGUGGACAACUGCCCCAUCAAAUCCCGCAAAGGAGACGUGCUGAAUAUGCACUACACCGGAAAGCUGGAGGACGGCACCGAAUUUGACAGUAGCAUUCCCCGCGACAGGCCUUUCACCUUCACCCUGGGCACCGGCCAGGUGAUCAAAGGCUGGGACCAGGGCCUGCUGGGCAUGUGCGAGGGCGAGAAGAGGAAGCUGGUCAUCCCCGCCGAGCUGGGUUACGGAGACCGGGGAGCCCCUCCAAAGAUCCCCGGUGGAGCGACACUGAUCUUCGAAGUGGAGCUGCUGAGCAUCGAGAGGAGAUCCGAGCUCUGACGAAGAAGAAGGACAGCUUUGAGAACGGUUCCAGGAGAUGCUGCGGCAUUAAGUGGAGACCAAGUGACACCUGAUGAAGAUUAAAAGGCAAAUGUGAAA